AUGGACCAAUCCAUUGAACACACCACAAACCCAAUUGAGGAGGUUCCAAACGAAGCCCCAAAGAAGGCUUCAAUUCCUGUCAACGGUAUGCAGGUGAAAACUGAGUCAGAGGACCAGGCAACCAGUCCCGCCAAAUUUCCAAAACUGGAAGUCAGCAUCACAAGUGUCAAGCCAAAUCAGGAACUCCACGCAGUUCUCCCCAGUUCGAAGAAAGUGCGCAACAAUGAGGACCCUGAAGCAAAUGAUUUGCCCAACAAGCCCAAACAAGAAUCACUGGAUCAAAUAGACUCGAAAGGAGGUUUCAAUGACGAGCAAGCUUCCGAAGAAGAUUAUAAAUCUUCCUCGGAUGAUAAAUCUGACUCUGAAGAAGCAGUGCCGUCUUCUGAUGAUGGUUCCGAGUUUGAUCCCAAUGAAUCGUCGACCAAGCCAACAAAAAAAGGGCCCUCGAAAGAGCGACGAAGGAAGGCGAGUAUUUCGUUGACCUUGAAUGAGAGACUCAAGAGCUUAAUGAGUAGCGACAUACUGAGCUCUGCAAAUGCCAAUGUGAAUGCAAACAAUAUGCACCAAAUCCCUGUUUCCCAGAAGAAGGAUAAGUCAAAAGCGCUCGCGGAGGAGGUUUUGAAGCUCUCAAUUGAGGACCAACCGCAGGCCAGAAAGGAUGUCAAUGAACUAAUUGAGUGCUCUAAGACGUUCGACCCUUCGGCGAAAAUUGUGGAUAUGAAUUGGCAGGUCGGCGGACUUACCACCUUGCUGAAACACCAUCAGCUCAAGGCUGCUGCGUGGAUGCACGACCGCGAAAGCUCAAAGGAAGAGCCAAAUGGAGGCUUGCUCUGCGACGAGAUGGGCCUCGGGAAAACACUUACAGUUCUCAGUAAGAACGAAGAAUAUAGGGCUAUGGUAUCGGAGAGCUUACCUCUUUCACAAGCAACCAUCGCGCACGAAAAGAUCCCACGUCGGUCAAACGCUCCUACCCUGCUCGUUGUGCCGAGAAGCUUGGUUGCACAAUGGAUCAAUCAAAUUCAUGCCCAUUGCGUGCCAAAGAUAAGCAGCAACAUUUUCGAGUAUUGCGCCGGUUCACAAGCAAGCCAGGGCAUUGUUGUGGACACGAUGCAAGCAAAGCGUAUCGUGAUUACCACAUAUGAGCAAGUCUGCAGUUCACAUCCGAAGUUGAAGCCGCCAGUGACGAUCAAGUCUCCUGAAGAGCUUGAGGCCUGGAGGGAGGAAGAAUACAAACUCAGAGCUGGACCUUUCCAUAAGAUUGGGUGGCACCGGAUCGUCCUUGAUGAAGCUCAUGCAAUCAAGAACAAAGAUUCCGCAACCUCUAUCGCUAUCCGAGCCUUGAAAGGCAAAUUCAAAUGGGCCAUAAGCGGAACACCUUUGCACAACGGCGCGGAAGAAUUGUACCCAUACCUCCAUUUCAUCUUUACAUCGGGAAGAAUGGAGUAUGAGACUUUCUUGAAGAAGUAUUCCAAUGGGUUGGACAACAUCCUGGAAAUCGUGCUACACCGCAGCACAUACAGUACGCGGAUGCUUGGCAAGCCCAUCGUCACGCUUCCAGGAAUCAACAGCCGAGUCGUGGAGGUCGAGCUUUGCGCAGCUGAAAGGCUCCUUUAUAGGGAAAUCCAGGAUCUCGGUAUUGCGAUGAUCGAGGGCACGGCUAAUACAAAACAAAGACAAAGCAGAUGCAUCUUCGCCGUUAUAACAAUGCUGAGAAUGUUUGUGAGCCACCCGCUCCUCGUUCAAAAAUCUCUCGAAGCCAUUCUCAACAAAAGUGUGAUCAAAGGGCUCAAAGACAUAGCACAAGAAGAAGGUGUGGCCGAAAACGCAUCUGGAAUCAUUAUCGACUUGAUUCUCGCUCUGGGGGACAAGGUUGCUUCCCGACCAAGGCUUCCAGGAAACUUUUCCGAACUUCGCAAAAUAUAUUACGACCACAUGGUGCAAGUCCGUCAAGACAAGGGAGUACAUGAAGAGCUUACAUACAAACUAUGCCCUCGUUGCAAUGUGAUCGUGAAGGAAGACCGGAGCUUUGUUAUUACGUCUUGCUAUCACCUUUACUGUAAAGGCUGCUUCGACGGGCUUCCUGACCAAAACGGAAAACUCGAUACCAUCACCCGAGUCUGCAGCUCUUGCAAGAACCCCAUCGAGGAAGCCGGGUAUUCCGAUGAUUCACCAAAGAACUCGCCAAAGAAGGGCUCGCCAAAGAAAAGAAAGCGGUCAAAGCCGAAGCCAAAGGGCAAGAAGAUUUUUGACAAACGACCUCCAAAGGUUUUCAAACAAAGGUUCCUACACAAAGAUCCAUCAGAUGAUGAGUGGGAUGAGCCCAGUGAGGAUGAGGAGGAUUGGAUUUCGCGGGUUGGCGAUAGCAUGCCAUCUGCGAAAACCACAGCGGUUCGGGAACUCGUCACAAACUGGGUGAAAGAGGAUGAGGACGUUAAGGUCGUGAUCUUCGUUCAGUUCCUGAAGACCGUCCGACUUCUUCAGUUCAUGUGUGAGGAAGAGGGCUGGAAAUACGCAGUUAUUACAGGAAGGGUGUCUCCCAUCUCGCGUGAUAAACAAAUCGAGCAAUUCGGCAAGCAGAAGGACAUCAAGAUCAUGAUUUCUUCCCUGAGGACUGGUGGCGUGGGUCUCAAUUUGACUAUGGCCAACAAGUGCAUCCUUGUGGAUCCUUGGUGGAAUGAAGCAAUCCAAGACCAGGCGUACUGUCGACUGUACCGCAUCGGACAGCCGCGCGUUGUGGAAUCCGUCCAAGUCGUGGCCAAGGGAUCCAUUGACGACUAUAUGGUCGAGUUGCAAAAAAGGAAGACCCGGAAUAUCCGUCAAGUAUUCAGUGCAGACGCGCUCAAGGAGAUCCUCGGUCUCUCUGGGGAAAUCCGUGAAAAGCCAAACGGUGGAUUCUCCAUUUUCAAUAACAAGGGAAACAAGCAUGCCCACAGCUGGGUUCGGGUUGCCGAAUCAGGGAUCCUCGAGACAAAUUCUUCGGAAGAAGAUUAG